UCCCUUUUCCCUCCCCCGCCCCGGUCCCCCUUGCUCCCCCGCCCUGGGCCCCGGGGAAACCCCCUGCAAGAAGAGCCCGCCCCCAGAAGCGCGCCGCCGCCGGCCGUCGGGGCCGAGCCGCAGCCGAGCGGCCGUGGGCCGGGGCGGCGGGCGGAGACGCGGGCACCCUCCCUGCUACGGCCCGCGUGAGGUGAAUUGCUAGAGACCAUCCACUACCUUUUCCCAGUGUCUCUCCAAGUUAUAUUUGAUAAAUACUUUUCUUAAUAGUCACCCUGGAUGGAUGAGGCAAUACAUCUCAGCUAUUAAUCAGACUUGUUUCUCAUAUGUGAUGCCAUUCCAGCACUGGACUCAUGGAGGCUGAACAUUUAUUCAGAUAUCUCCUCUGGUUGAGUUGGGAGCAGUUUACAAGGGGAUGGGAGAAGACAGUGUGAACUUUCAAGGUCUUUUCCAGUCCUAUGAUUCUGUGAUAUUAUCUACACAAUGGUAUUGCUUUGAUAAAGCUAAAGAAAAUGGAGGCAGUAGAGGACAAAGUCCCCCCACUACUCUUUUUUUUUGUUUGAAAGAGGAAUAAUAUUUUGUUGGGGAACAUAAAAUGGACAUUUUUGGCCAAGAAUAUAGAAAAGCUGACAGAAUCUAUAACGAGGACCUGCUAACACUUUAGUGCAUCUAUCAAAGCACCCGCAGUUCUCAUUUUAGGGAGCCCAUAGAGGCUACUGUGUUCUGUUGAAGAACAUGUCUGACAGUAACACUAGUCAAGAGACCCUGGAAAUAAUGAAAGAAUCAGAAAAAAAACUGGUGGAGGAAUCUGUAAGCAAAAACAAGUUUAUAUCUAAGACUCCAAGUAAGGAAGAAGUUGAGAAAGAGGGUGAAGAUACCAGUUUGCGUCAGGAGACACAGUUCUCCAUUUUGCAUUUGUGGCAGUGUUGUUUGCUAACUAGUGAAGAGGACCAAGGAAAGAAAAAUCCUCACCUACCCAAGACCAUGCUGAGGCGGACGUCCAACCAUGGUCAUGCCAGGAAAAGAGCCAAGUCUAAUUCCAAGCUGAAAUUGGUGCGUAGUUUGGCAGUAUGUGAGGAGUCCUCCACCCCAUUUGCUGACGGGCCACUAGAAACCCAGGAUAUAAUUCAAUUGCAUAUCAGCUGCCCCUCUGACAAGGAGGAAGAAAAGUCCACAAAGGAUGUCUCUGAAAAGGAAGACAAGGACAGAAACAAAGAAAAGGUCCCAAGGAAGAUGCUCUCUAGAGACUCCAGCCAAGAAUAUACAGACUCCACUGGGAUAGACCUACAUGAAUUUCUUGUAAAUACACUGAAAAAGAAUCCAAGGGACAGAAUGAUGCUGCUAAAAUUAGAACAGGAGAUUCUGGAAUUCAUUAAUGACAACAAUAACCAGUUCAAGAAGUUCCCUCAGAUGACCUCAUAUCACCGGAUGCUAUUACACCGGGUAGCUGCCUAUUUUGGUAUGGACCACAAUGUUGAUCAAACUGGGAAAGCUGUCAUCAUCAACAAAACCAGCAACACAAGAAUCCCUGAACAGAGGUUCUCAGAACAUAUAAAGGAUGAGAAGAAUGCAGAAUUUCAACAGAGAUUUAUUCUCAAGAGAGAUGAUGCCAGUAUGGACCGAGAUGAUAACCAGAUCAGAGUUCCAUUGCAGGAUGGAAGGAGGAGCAAGUCAAUAGAAGAGAGAGAGGAGGAAUAUCAAAGGGUCCGAGAGAGAAUAUUUGCCCGAGAGACUGGCCAGAACGGAUAUCUAAAUGACAUCAGACUCUCCAAAGAAGCCUUUUCUUCUAACUCUCACAAGAGAAGGCAGAUUUUUAGGGGGAAUCGAGAAGGGCUGAGUCGUACUUCAAGCAGCCGCCAGAGCAGUACAGACAGCGAACUCAAAUCCCUGGAGCCAAGGCCUUGGAGCAGCACUGACUCUGAUGGCUCUGUACGGAGCAUGCGACCUCCUGUCACCAAAGCCAGCAGCUUCAGUGGAAUCUCUAUCCUCACCCGAGGUGACAGCAUUGGCAGCAGUAAAGGUGGGAGUGCAGGAAGGAUCUCCAGGCCAGGUAUGGCACUAGGUGCCCCAGAAGUGUGCAACCAGGUCACCUCACCCCAGUCUGUCCGGGGCCUUCUUCCUUGUACUGCCCAGCAGCAGCAGCAACAACAGCAGCAACAACUUCCUGCUCUUCCACCCACGCCUCAGCAACAGCCACCCUUGAAUAAUCACAUGAUGUCACAGCCAGUCCCAGCUCUGCAGCCCUCUCCGCAGCCUGUUCAGUUCUCUCCAAGCUCCUGUCCCCAAGUCCUUCUGCCAGUCUCUCCGCCCCAGCAGUACAACAUGGCAGAUGACCUCAGCAACCCCUUUGGACAAAUGAGCCUUAGCCGCCAAGGUUCUACUGAAGCAGCUGACCCCUCUUCAGCUCUAUUCCAGCCCCCACUUAUCUCCCAACACCCUCAGCAGACUAGCUUCAUCAUGGCUUCCACAGGACAGCCCCUCCCCACUUCCAACUAUUCCACUUCUAGCCAUGCACCACCUACUCAGCAAGUCCUGCCACCCCAGGGCUAUAUGCAGCCUCCUCAACAGAUCCAGGUUUCUUACUAUCCCCCUGGACAGUAUCCUAAUUCCAACCAGCAAUAUCGACCUCUCUCUCACCCGGUGGCCUACAGCCCCCAACGUGGUCAACAGCUGCCUCAGCCAUCCCAGCAGCCUGGUUUACAGCCCAUGAUGCCUAACCAGCAGCAGGCGGCUUACCAAGGCAUGAUUGGUGUCCAGCAGCCCCAGAACCAGGGCCUGCUCAGCAACCAGAGGAGCAACAUGGGAGGCCAGAUGCAAGGCCUAGUGGUUCAGUACACUCCACUGCCUUCUUACCAAGUCCCAGUGGGCAGUGACUCACAAAAUGUGGUCCAGCCACCUUUCCAGCAACCCAUGCUUGUCCCUGCAAGCCAGUCUGUACAAGGAGGUCUCCCUGCAGGGGGUGUACCAGUGUACUACAGCAUGAUCCCACCAGCUCAGCAGAAUGGUACAAGCCCUUCUGUGGGGUUUCUGCAACCCCCUGGCUCUGAACAGUACCAGAUGCCUCAGUCUCCUUCUCCCUGCAGUCCACCACAGAUGCCACAGCAGUACUCAGGAGUGUCACCUUCGGGACCAGGGGUGGUGGUCAUGCAACUGAAUGUCCCUAAUGGACCCCAGCCUCCCCCAAACCCAUCCAUGGUCCCAUGGAAUCACUGUAAAUACUACAGCAUGGAUCAGCGGGGUCAGAAGCCUGGAGAUCUGUACAAUCCUGACACUAGCCCCCAGGCCAACACACAAAUGAGCAGCAGCCCUGUCACAUCUCCUACCCAGUCUCCAGCACCCUCUCCUGUCACCAGCCUCAGCAAUGUCUGCACAGGACUCAGUCCCCUGCCUGUCCUCACUCAGUUCCCCCGGCCUGGGGGUCCAGCACAGGGUGAUGGGCGCUACUCCCUGUUGGGCCAGCCAUUACAGUACAAUCUGUCCAUCUGCCCUCCCUUGCUUCACAGUCAGUCGACUUACACGGUACACCAGGGACAGAGUGGAUUGAAGCAUGGAAACCGGGGCAAGAGACAAGCUCUCAAAUCUGCCUCCACUGACCUGGGCACAGCAGAUGUUGUCCUGGGGCGGGUGCUGGAGGUGACAGAUCUCCCUGAAGGCAUCACUCGUACUGAGGCAGACAAACUCUUCACUCAACUCGCCAUGUCCGGCGCCAAGAUCCAGUGGCUCAAGGAUGUUCAGGGGCUGCCUGGUGGGGGUGGAGGGGACAACAGUGGGACUGCCGAGAAUGGCCGCCACUCAGACCUCGCUGCCUUUUACACCAUCGUGGCUGUGUUUCCCAGCCCCCUGGCUGCCCAGAAUGCCUCCCUUCGCCUGAACAACUCUGUGAGUCGCUUCAAACUUCGAGUGGCCAAAAAGAACUACGACCUGAGGAUCCUGGAGCGAGCCAGCUCCCAAUAAAUGGAGGAGGGGAAGGGACUGUUACAGUAGGGUCUGGGGACAGAGUGGAGGGGACCCAGGUGGAACAGAGGCAGAAAGUAAGGAGACAGAUGCUCAACUGGGGCCUAAGACAUUAGGGAUGAAGAGGGAAACAGACUCACACUGGCACUGGACUCCUUGCCAAUCCCCUGCCAUGGGUCCCCUCUUUUUCCUUGGUUGGACCCCCUCUGCUUCCCUCUCCUUCCCAUCCUCUUCUAUCAUUUUUUAAUCUCUUCUUCCACCAUGAAAUUUUAAUUUCUUAUUCUUUUGGUCAGGUAGAAUUGGGAGGAUUCCACACUCCCCUCUUCUAUUUCCUUCUCAUCUUACGUUCCCUUUCCUUUUUUGGUCUUUCUGAGUAUAUUUAUAUGGACAGAAUUAAGAAAAACAAAAUUGAUUUUCCCAUUCUCUCACUUCCCCUAUCUUGUUUCCCCAAGCCCCACGGAGUUAAAAAUUGGGACUCCCCUCACCCCCAGAACACUUGUAUAUUGUUUGUUUUGAGGUUUGUGCCACAGUAACAGACACAGUAUUUAAUUGCACAUACAGAUGUUUGCUGGGUAUAUUCACUGUAAAUUUUAUUUAAUCUGGUUUUUGUUUGUUUGGGGGAUUACUUGGGGGGUUGAUUUUGUUUUUAAAUAUAAAAAAAAAAAAAAAACUGUCACUGAA